AGGGGACCAAAAGUGUGGCAAUCAUUUCAUCACUAAAUAAUAGCACAAAUAAAUGCCAACAAAAACAUUAUAAAAACAGACAAACCGUUCAAAUCGUUUCGUAAAACCAAUUGAACGACACAUUGACUGACAGAACGAUGAACUCUGACUAUGAAGUGGCGGCCAAUAGUGGCCAACAGUGACCGCCAGUAAUGACUGACCCGACGACGGGUUGUGUCCGCACAACAACUCUAUUGACGCCAAUGUCUGCGAAAUGCAACCUCUCCAUAAGGAACGGCCAGUUGCGCGGCAAAAGUGUUCCCUAUAGAGAGGGUUUCUCCAAAGGGAGGUUCUGUUAUAGGUAUAGAAAAUACGAAAUAUAUUUCAAAUCCGUUCAUUCAAAGGAGGUGUUCAUCCAAGAGAAGUUGCCACACGAGAGGUUGCACUGGCUCUACCCCUCAGAGCCGUGCAAACAGACGGCUCUUAGAGCCGGUCGAGAACCGGAGCCGUUUCAGAGCAGCGCCUCUGAGCUUCACCUGAAUUGUGUGUUCAUUCAUGUAUUUUACGCGCAAACCUUUUACUCCAAUCAAUACUUACCCUCUCAUCGCACUUAUAACCAGGACAUGAAGUCUGCGGCCGACGCGCGACGGUUGCGAUCCCUACCGGACGGCAGACGCGACCGAAACGACGAACAAAAUCGUCGGUUAAAAGUGACCAAAACAGUGAUGUCUGACCCGAAACUAUGGACAACUCAAACGGUAUCUCUUCACCGAUUGUCACCACAUCUGAUCAAAGCAUACGACAAGAUAUCGUAUAAGAGAUAUUACCGUCAAUUUGUCGAUCAAAAGACUUUCACGAAAUACUCAAAACUCUUCGAAACGUUUCAAAUGCAAACCCGAAGGCCAGGAGUCGGCGGCGGCCAGAGUCGGGCCCUCACAAGCAGACACUCGGCACCGAUGGCCAGCACUUCGGCGGCGCCGGCCGUGGAGUCGAGUCCCCGACGAAUGCGUCUCUGGGAGUGUCCGAAGAGCCCAAAGAGUCCGUCGAUGGCAUCGGCGGUGAACUCGAACUCACGGACGGACUCAUUGCGGGCCAACUCUUACCGCAUAUUACGCUCGCAUUCACACGAUUUGAGACAAUGGACGGCAUGUGAUGAGAGGGAGAACUCAUUGAUGUCUGUCUCAGAAUAUAAUCGAUAUUUGGGUUUAAUAAGAGUCCAAUCGUUGACACAAUUAGACGCCAAACAACUGAACGCCGGCUUUAAUCUGCGGAAUAUCAGCAAAAGUGGCACAUAUUCUGUGAGUGAGACGACUGGUCGGCCUAUUCUCGAUCCAGACUUCUUGUUCCACAAUUUGGUCGACGAUUAUAAGCCAAUCAAUAUUGAGCCCAAAGAGGACACGAAGAAGAAGAAAAAGAAUGGAUCGAAAACUAUGACCGCAAACAAAAUCAAAGACAAAUACAAGAAGUUGGAGAAACACAAGAAGCAGAUCGUGAAGGAGUGGCGCCGACAGUACCUCAAGUGUCACACUGUAUACCCCUUCUCAUCGCCGAUGGGUCACAGAGUGAUGGCUUCGCUGCGCAACCAGAAUCUGGAGGUACAGAGAGUCGAGUCAUUGGUCCGCAAAUACGAGACCUAUUGUUCGCUUAAAAUCCGUUUCCGUAAUAAACCGGACAAUAAACUGAACAAAUGGAGGGCCCAUAACGUGGAGCGCCUGACCAUUGGUCAGGAGCUCUCCCAACGCCAGCACACACUCGAUGUCCAUCAGUACUCAUUUACACGACGCCAACGGCUCGAUAAGUGGCAGCGAUUGACGACUGGUAUUGACUGGAAGUCCAGAAUCGUCGCCCUUUCCUGUCACAGGAGUGUUGAGGUUUUGGUCCCGAAGCUAAUGCGGUGUCCCUUUUGUCGCCAUCAGAUCGAUAUCGACCACAGCUGUGAUAUAAACGCCGCCAUAUGUGAUACUUCUUCGCCCAAAGUUAUCAUCGAAAAGUUGUCACCAAAUGAAUGCACGAAACGAAUAGCUUUAAGAGAGAAUCAGAAACGAUUAAACCGAUCGCAAGUCAUACUCAACAACAGCAACAGUUACCCCAAAAUGUCUCAAAACAGUCAUAAGAUAAUCACUAAUGGAUGCCAUAAAAGAGUGGCAAACAUUUGCCGAAUAGAUUUGAACGAAGAGGACGACGAUUUUAAUUAGUCAAUCAUUAAUACCUACUUUUGAAACAUAUAUUUCUUAACUUUAAUUCUUACCAAACAUUUACCCUUUAUUUAAAUACCAUUUUGAAACACAUUUGUUUCACUCAUUAUUUAAUUCUUUAUCCCAAAGCUAUUGUCCACUGAUUUAUGGACUUUUUUUAUCCUAUUUAUGCCAUUAUUUCUUAUAAUCGAUUUUUGUUUCUUAAUUCUCAAAACAUUUUAGUCAAACCCAUGUUAUUAUCAAUCGGUCAUUGC